UUGCUCUCCAUCUAUCUCCAACAAGUUCUUUACCAGACUCAACUUCAAGUGUCUUCAGAUCUUCUUGAUCUCUUUCAGCCUCUACUUAUAUAUACCCACAACCACCACCCUCAUCUCAAGCAACUCACCAUCUCUUCCCACCUUGGUUGUUGCCUCUUGAUUGCUUUGGAUAUAAAGACAGAAACCGGUACAAGAUAACUAGCUCUAUCAAUCCUACUUUGGACAAUUCAAGAGCUUUGUCGUCUAUCAAGUCGACGAUAACAAAACACCCCACUUACCAAGACAACAACUUCACAAUGUCCAUGUUCAUGACACAACCAGCCUACGCCUACGCGGCAGCUCCCCCACCUCCCAGACAGUACUCGGGAACAAGCAGUGCUUUCAGUGCUUCUGCCAACCCUGAUGAGGACUGGACCAAGAUCUCAGAUCUUGCUGAGCGCAGAAGAAUUCAGAACCGCAUUGCUCAGCGCAACUACCGCAAGAAGCUUAAGCGCCGUCUUGAAGACCUUGAGCGCCGAGCUGGUUCUUCUGACGAUGCCGAGUCCGACAAGCAGCCCCAGAAGCCUUCCAAGUCGAAACGAUCCCCCUCCGCUCCCAAGCCUCAAAAGUCGCAAUCAACAGGUCCCAGCAAGUCCAUUGCCUCUCAGGGCCAGUUCACUCCUCCCAUGGAGCCUUCUGACGAGCUCUUCUUCUCCGGCACCUACGACGACCGAGCCCGCUCAGACAGCCCUCCUCAAUUCACCUACUCGACUUAUCCCGCUCCCGAUGAGAUCCUCCUUCACCCCUACGGCUCCGCGCAACACUACCCAGCCAUCACAACCGCUGAUGCCUACCCCAACUACAUGACAGCCUCCACAGUGCCCAUGACACUCCCUUCCAUGACACACUUCAGCGACGCCAUCAAGCGGGAGACACCAUACUCCAGCGACGAAGGACUCGCUCCCUACAUAUACGGCUACAUGCCCCCAAUGGACUUCAACUCUGGUAGCCCAUACGAUCAGAACCCUCAUACUCCUCCGCUGUCGCAUUCUUUCGACCACUCUGCCAACUGCUCAGAGACCGGCUAUGACUACCCUACCACGCCUCUGUCAAUGCCUAGCUCGCCCAAUAUGAUUCAUCACCAAUAAGGCACUAGGCAGGCAUGAUUGCAAUAUGCAGCGACUUUGAGAUUUUGUUUAGGCGUUGGGAUUGAGCCCUACGAGGCAUAGCAUGGCGGGUUUUGAUAUUUGGGCACUUUCACACACUCGACACUUUUCACUUCUUGGAUACUGUCAAAUGUAUCUCACAGACGGUGAAGACUGUCUGCCUUCAUUUUAUGUACACGGGUCGAAGCGCUCGACACUGUGGUUAUCUGUAACGGCUGCAAGAUGUACGGACGAUUGCUUAUUAGGAACGGUGAAGGAAAAGACGAUGAGUGAGGCGUUUUGGGAACGUAUACAUUACGCAUUCUAAUGUACGUUUGAACAUGAGUGGAUGGAACUGGUAAAGGAUGAAAGCAGGCAAGGAGGCAAACAAACAUGGUGGCUGCGGCGGGGUCGGACCAGACAGGUCGACAUUGACUUGGCACUUUACACUUGAUAGCUAAGCAAAUAUUCAGAGCCAUUGAAACAU